AUGAAGAGCAUCGUAGGUAAUAUCCGAGUUCGAAAGCUCUGGAAUUACGGCUUGUUCGACGAUCCUUGCUGUCUGCUGCAUGGCGAUGGGUCUUUUUUCAGGGCAAGGUCAGGUCCGUUCCCGACUGCAAGCGUCGACCGAAGAUCAGCACAACCCAAGAAUACUACCUGCUGCAUGAGGAAGCGGAGAACAAGCGAAAAGGACCAGGAUGCCCUGUCGCCUGUCGUCACUAGCUUCCCGAGAUCCGGAGAUGACUCUUGUUCGACUCUCAACGCAUUCUCAAGCAGGACGGGUUUUGCUCGAGAGCAAGAGCCGUCAGGGACCGAGAUCUAA